GGCGGGUCAUGUUUUAGUCUUGACAAGAUGGCGUAUGCGGUUGUUUUGCCGCAGGGACACUGAACAAUUUAUUCAGUUUAUCGUGCAAAUUCGUUGACGUUGCGGUAGCAUUACAGUUAAAAAAGUGUUUUGUUAGGCGCGUGAAGCCAGAGGACAUCUAACAUGAAAGGUAAAGAGCGGUCGCCGGUGAAAAAACGUUCAAGGGCCUUGGAUGAUAUACGAGACAGGGGAGGAAGCCAUCCGACCAGUAAGAAAAUGGGGGUUAUCUCGAAUUCUGGCGGAGGAAGCAACAACGGCAAUAGUUCGUCUAAAAGCGACGGGGGCUCUGCACGACGGGGACUGCUUGGAGAUAAAAGAGACGGACGGGAAUUUGACGGACAUGUAUCCAGUCGGACUGGUAAUAACCACGGUUACACGAGCCCUGUUGCGAGCUCAAGCGGCAAAAAUCACGCCUCGAGUCUGUCCUUAGAGGCGGCGCGCACCAACUCGCGCGGGGAGGCGCGCGCACCGCUUCCCACAAACGAAAGUGAGUACAAAACUUUAAAAAUCAGCGAGCUUGGCUCGCAGCUGAGUGACGAGGAAAUCGAGGACGGCCUCUUUCAUGAAUUCAAAAAAUUUGGUGACGUGAGCGUCAAAAUCAGCCGAGUGAACGACGAGAGAAUCGCAUUCGUCAACUUUAGGAGACCGGAUGAUGCCAGGGCGGCAAAGCACGCACGAGGCCGGCUGGUGCUCUACGACCGUCCUUUAAAAAUCGAGGCAGUUUACUUGAACAGGCGGAGGAGUCGCUCUCCGGUGAAGGAGGAUCAUUUCUCUGUUGUUGCAGGCCAUAGACAUUUGCAUACUCAGAGGCCGCUCUCUCCAACCGGCCUGGGCUACAGGGACUACCGGUUACAGCAGUUAGCACUGGGUCGGCUUCCUCCUCCCCCACCCCCGCCUCUGCCCAGAGAGCUGGAAAGAGAAAGAGAGUUUGCCUUUUAUGAAGCGAGGGCGCGGCCCGCAUACAUAGCAGAGCGAGCCGCUCCUUUCCGCGAGGAGGACUUUAUCUCUCCAGAGGACGACCAGAGAGCCAACCGCACACUGUUUCUGGGUAACUUGGAUAUUACUGUGACUGAAAACGAUUUGAGGAGGGCUUUUGAACGAUUUGGGACAAUCACUGAGGUGGACAUUAAAAGACCCACUCGUGGCCAGAGCAGCACCUAUGGCUUCCUUAAAUUUGAGAAUUUGGACAUGGCUCACAGAGCUAAAAUUAGCAUGUCUGGGAAAGUUGUGGGCCGAAACCCCAUAAAAAUUGGAUAUGGUAAAGCCACCCCAACCACAAGACUAUGGGUGGGUGGUCUUGGCCCUUGGGUGCCUCUGACUGCAUUAGCCCGGGAAUUUGACCGCUUUGGAACUAUUAGGACUAUAGACUACAGAAAAGGGGACACCUGGGCUUAUAUUCAGUAUGAAAGCCUGGACGCUGCUCAGGCAGCCUGCACACACAUGCGUGGAUUUCCUCUUGGUGGUCCUGACAGGAGGCUGAGGGUGGACUUUGCUGACACAGAGCAUCGCUACCAACAACAGUUCUUGCAGCCCCUCCCCCUGCAACAUUAUGAAAUCAUGGCUGAGUCUUUCGUUCAUCGUGCCACCCCUGAAGCCAUCAGGGUCAGAGAACGGACUCCUCCGCCACUGCACUUCAGAGAAAGAGAACUCUAUGCUGGGGCUGAGUGGCCAGCACCUACUAUUCGUGAACGUGUACGAACUCCUGCAUUUGAGCCCCUUGAACACUUAGAGCGUGAACGACGGCGAGAGGCCUGGUCACUGGAGCGAGAGCUGCCAGGCAGAGAAGCUGCACGAAAACGGCGGCUCAUGGAGGACGGCAGACAUCUGGAGUGUUCGCCUGACAGCAGCAGUGAGUGGGCGGCCCGCCGUCGCAGACCCCCGUCGCUUGAGGGCAGCCCAGGCGGCAGCAGCCGAGACGGACGUUUCAGUGACUCUGAGCGUCCAGCGAGAGCAGACCGGGUGUCCCCAGCACGAGAGAGCCGCAGCAGCCUGGACCGAGUUCCCGGUGAAAAACGCAUCAAAAGCAACAGCAACCUCUCUGAGUCCAGCAUCGGCGCAAGCCCUGCAGAACGAAAGCGCAAAGCGGGCGAUUCAGCUAAAGGUGCAUCCAAGAGGGACAGAUCCGAAAGCAGCUCCAAAAGCAACCAAGCUUCAAAACAGGACGCAGGGGGGAAGCUGAGCAUGGCCUGGAAUGGCAUGCUGCUCCUCAAGAACAGUAACUUCCCAGCCAGCAUGCACCUCCUGGAGGGGGACCUGAGCGUCGCCACCAGCCUUCUCAUCGACGGCAGCACGGGUGGAAAAGUCUCUCAGCUGCGCAUCACACAACGGCUUCGUCUAGACCAGCCCAAGAUCGACGAGGUGUCUCGGCGCAUCAAAGUGGCAGGCCCAGGAGGCUACGCAGUUCUACUGGCAGUUCCAGGCAGCUCUGAGGAGACUUCAUCAUCAGACCCAGCAGCAUCCACGCAGAGGCCUCUCCGCAACCUGGUUUCAUACCUGAAGCAAAAGCAGGCCGCCGGGGUCAUCAGUUUGCCCGUCGGCGGCAGUAGAGAUAAGGACAACACUGGCGUCCUGCACGCAUUUCCACCAUGUGAUUUCUCUCAGCAGUUCUUAGAUUCUUCUGCGAAAGCUCUUGCCAAAACAGAAGAGGACUUCCUGGUCAUGAUCGUUGUACGAGGAGCAUCUUAACAGUCAUAAUACACACUAAAGUAUUGUUAAAUGCAAGCUUCUCUUAAUGUCUCUUAAUUGCAUGCUCUCUAAAGCAGAAGUGGUACUAGAGUAAAGGGCAGCUGUUGUUACCUGCUCUGCCAAACAUGUACAGUAAAAAAGAGAGAAAAUGGCCCAUUCAUAUAGCAAAGUUUAGCUCUAUAGCAAUAUAUUUGUUUUCUGUUGCAAUUUAUUCAGAUGUCUAGUUUGUGAUAAGUUGUUAUCUGCAUAAAAGAAUGACAAUUAUUGGGCAUAUUAGAAUAGGAAUUUACUUUGGUCAUUAAACACUGUCUAUUUACAACACUUCCUAUCAACAUGUAUUUCAGUCAGAUUCCAGACAGUCUCACCCCUUUGUCAAAUCCUGUUUUUCAAUGUUCAUUCAUGUUCAUCAAAUUGAGUUAAGGGGAACCUGGUUUGUGUCUUGAUGCUUUAAACAAUCAUUCAGUAAUGGGGAGUGUAAUAUAAGUAUAUAGUCAACUAAAACGGAAAGAAAAGAUUAUUUUGCUCAGUGAAGUGCAUGUUGAUGCUAGUGUUCUUGUUGCAGAGGUUUAAAACACAAAGAUGUAGCUGAAAAAUACCAUCAGUGUUAAACUGAUUAAAACAGGCUGCAUAUUAACACCCCUUUACAUAUUAGAAAUAACAUGUAAACAUAUUUUGAUUAAAAGAUAAAUAUUUCUAAGCCCUCCUUAGACCAAAGCAUAAUAUCAAACAUUCAGUUUUGUGUAAAAAAAAAAAGAAAAGGUAUUUUGACAUUCUGUGUUUUCAUGUUUUUGGGUUACAUUUGAAAGGUUUUGAAUGAAGCAUAAUCCUGGUUUCAAAGUGAGAUUUUAUUUAAAGUUUCACUUUAAAUUACAACGUGUGUUAAUUUGAUUCCAUUAAUUAGGUGGUUUUAAUUUAUUUUUUCCUCUAUAAUUUUUCAGAAAUUACAGAUUUUUGUUCAGUGUAACAUUUAAUGCAGGUAUUCUUAUAAAAGUCUCUUUAUAAAGAUAAUGAAUACAAAAAAAGUGCAUUUGCUAUAAAACUGACUUUUCAAAUCAUCAGUGUAAAGUGCAUGUGACCUAUAGUGUGAUACUUUGUAAUUAUCAAAUACAAUUUGGUAGAUAAGCCAUGUGGAUUGCAUUGAUUAAAAAAAGGUGUACAACUAAAUAUAUAUAUAUAUAUAUAUAAAGAGACUUGAUGCCCUAAAGAUCUAAUUCUUGUUCAAGUGUAAGACAGUUCAACAUUUUAUUUCAUUGAUUUUUAGUUCUAAUAUAGACACAUGUUUUUAGUUGAACAUCCAUUAAUGUUUAAAAUAUUUCACAUAUGGUUCUUAGGUGUUAAUUGUUUAAAUGCUUUUAAAACAGUUUCUCUAAAACCCUGGAAAGGUAGAAAUUUGUGUUCUUAGUCUGUUUAGCUAAUUGCAGUGUACUGAUCCGAUGCAUAAUAACAUCUUUUCAUGUAUGACUUUUUUUUUUUUUUUUUAAUUCUUCACACUAAAAUGUGUUUUAAAAGUCGACUGGUCAGUGAUUUCACAAUAUAACAGCUGUUUGUGUACAUGAAUAAAUGGACAUACUGCACGUUCAGUCCUGGCCACACAGGACAGGAAAUGGACCGUUCCACAAGUGGACUUCACAAGUCUGGAAGCAGAAAUGAUUGUUUGAAAUGAUUCAGGAGCCCUUUGGAUGCACUUGGGGCAAGAGCUUUCCAUUUAGUGUUAGUGUACUCUCACUGAGAGCAUCUUCCUGCUUGUGUAAUUGUUUUUUUUCUGCUUACAGUUCCCGUAUUUAAACGGAAAUAAUGACACUUUUGAUUUGUGCUGUGUUUACCUAAUUUCUUGAUUGGGGAGAAAGAGGAAGCGGUCACUCACUCCUUGCACAGCUCUUGACCUGGCUGUUUGUACACACACAAAAAGUGCACUGGCCCCUCAUUUGAUUAUAACACGCUAUCAAUAAAUUGUUUCAAUUGAGGGA